CGUCCCAGACUUACCCUCCAUUCAAAUUAUAAAUAGCAAAGAGUGGUCCCGUCUUUUAUCAUAUCAGGACACGGCCGUUUGCUUUCCCAUCGAGCAUUUGCAGAGAGAACGCUCAACAUCAAGAACUACUGAACAAGCAAACCCCAAGAACAAGUAAACACCAACAUGCCGAAGAACAAGGGAAAGGGAGGCAAGAACCGGAAGAGGGGAAAGAAUGAGGCUGACGAUGAGAAGCGGGAACUUGUGUUCAAAGAAGAUGGUCAAGAAUAUGCUCAAGUGCUUCGCAUGCUAGGCAAUGGAAGGUGCGAGGCGAUGUGCAUUGAUGGAACCAAGAGGCUCUGUCACAUUCGUGGAAAGAUGCACAAGAAAGUCUGGAUAGCAGCUGGUGAUAUCAUACUCGUGGGUUUAAGAGAUUAUCAAGAUGACAAGGCAGAUGUGAUUCUUAAAUAUAUGCCUGACGAGGCUCGUCUCCUUAAGGCAUAUGGUGAACUUCCUGAGAACACUCGUCUCAAUGAGGGUAUUGCAGCUGGUCUUGACGAGGAAGAUGAUGGAGCUGGGGAUGACUACAUUGAGUUUGAGGAUGAGGACAUUGAUAAGAUUUAAGUCAUGCUUCUUUUUUCGGCCACUGCCAAUACAGCAGAAUGUUGUUCCUUUAGUGUUUCUUUUCUAUAGAUAGAUGGAUAUACUAUUCUUACUGGAUGGAGCAUCUAGUGAAGACAACAAUACUGUUUUGGGAUUUUGUUUGUGUUUUUCGGAAGGAAUUUUUGCUUAUAUGAUAUCAGGGAUGAAAAAUGAGAAUUUGUGCUGUGCUAUUUUCCA